AUGGCCGACGACGCCCCUGCUAUGGAUGAGUUCGCCCAGACUCGCGGCGGCGAUGACCUUUUCGACGAUGAGAUCAUCCCCGUCCCCGCCGCAGAGCAGCAACCCCAGCCCGAAGUCCACCCCGAUCCUCCUGCCCCCGCUGCUGUCGAGAAAGACGUCCCACCAGCUCGAACUGAUACCCCGCCACGGUCGCGUGGGGGCGAGAAACGGGGAAGAGGCCGAGGGGGUAGAGGGCGCGGCGGUAGGCGCGGGUCGCAUAGCUCUGGUCGUCGUGGGGAUGGGCCCGUGAAGAAUAAUAAGCCUGUUGACAGUCCUCCUGAGAAUGACGAUAAGAGCGCAGAGGGGUCGUCUCCUGCUACCCCUACUAUUCCUGCUGCGCCUGUUGAGGCGGAGCAGAACGGGAGGGAGGAUGCAACGGAAUCGGAUCCCAAACAGGCUGCUACAGCGGAGGGUCCGCGUGUGCCUGCGGUUCGUGGCGAUAGAAGUGCUACCGGUGGUAUCAAGAAGGUAGGGGUGCUUCCCAAGCUUACGGAAGAACAACUCUCUCGCCGCAUUGCCGCCGCUAAAGAAAACUCCGCGAAGCUCGCCGCCGCACACGCGCGGGCCGAAGCAGACCAACAGUCGUUCCUUGACCGCGAGAAGGUUGCGGAGGAGAAGCGACGCCAGGAACGUGCCAAUCGCCAGGUCAUGGAUAAUGAGCGCGAGCGUAACCGACAGCGGAAGAUGAAUGCGUUGAAUGGACGAGAGUGGGAUGCCGAGAAGAGGGAGGAGACCUACAAUCCCCGUGGUGGUAGGGGCCAGUUCCGACGUGGUAUGCAUGGUGGUGUUUCUGGCUACGCGAGACGAGAAUUCGAUUCCCAGCCCAGCGAUUCUCAACCGGGCGAGGAACCGCUGAACGACGGCCCUCGUCCUCACCACCCCCGGGGUCGGGGACGCGGCGGCAGAGGUGGACGCGGCCGGGGUGGUCAUCGUGGGCCUCGCGGAGAUCUUGCACCGUUCGAUGGCGUCGCUGAUCAGUCAGGUCCCAAGCCUGCCGCAUCAGCUCCGGCGAUCAACAAUGAAGCCAAUUUCCCCGCCCUGCCCGGCAGCGACAAGAAAGAGAAGGAGAAGGAGAAAGACACGGGCAGCAAGGAAACGGCCGCCCCUGUGCCGCCCCCUCUCCCUGACCUGCUGAAGUCGGACCCCUUGUCGCCCGUGACCGGGGCUUCCUGGGCCGAACAAGUCGAGUCGCAGUGA